UAACGUGAUGAGAACGCGCCCUCUCUCUCUCUCUCUCUCGUUCUCUCCGCGUGUUUCUUCCUAUUCUAUCCCCCUUGGUUCUUUAUUUCCGUACCCACUCUCCCCUCUCCCUUCCACCUGCCGAGACCGCUUCACGGCGGAGGAAGAUACGAUAUAUGAAGCCGCUCAAGAUAGAGGAGAUGGUGGCGAAGAAGCUGGCGCUGUGGCACACCACAACGUUCCGGCCCAUCAUCACCCACGACGAGCUGGAGCCCAUCAUGGCCUCCGCCGGCUUCGUCCCGCUCCCCGUGGCGGCGGCUCCUCCGUCGUCGCCCCAGGGGGCGCAGCAGACGCCGUUGGCGUGGAGGGAGUACGCGUCCCGGUCGGAGGCGGCGUGCCGAGGGAGAGAGAGAGGAAGAGGGAGAGGGAGAGGGAGGAGGAGUCUGGUGGCGCCGCCCCGGCCGCGGCUGCCGUACCCUCGGAUCGACGGCCUCCACCUGAUGGCGUAUAAGGCUUUCCUUCUGGCCCUCGAGUUCUACCUCGGCCCCACCUUCGUCCCCGACCUCUUCCACGUCAGGACGAUGUCGCUAACGAGAGUGCAUGACCGGGUGUUUGAGAAAGCUUAUCGCCCCAUGAAGGACUGCGAGAUGGAUGAGGAAGGAAUCGUCGUGUACCGGGAAGGAACGCUGGACUGCCAAACGAGGAUGGUUUGCAGUCAGUACAGCAGCGAUGAUGUCGACAAUGCUGCCGACUUAUCUUGUUUGGUUCCGCUGAAGGAUCUAUUCCCAAGUAGGGAUAAGAGCACAAGUUGACAUAUUUUUCCCUUCUUUUUUGCCGAUCUGAAUCCUCCUUGACAAUUUCAUGUGUUGGAUGUGUGUGUGUGGUAAUGGUGCAUUCAAGACAACGAAGCUGUUUGUCAUCUUCUCCAAAGAAUUAGAGCUCCAACUAAGUUGGGUCUAUGGAUUCAUUCUA